GCAGCCUCCCCAAUUCAACUUGCCGGGAUCGCGCGACGCACCAUUAAUACUGUUAAACAAUGUCCUUGCUUAAGGUGCUUGAAUGAAAUCGCUUGUCUUUUUUUAUAACCAUGACGACGUUCUUCAGCCCAUCAGCUACGGUUAGCCUUUCAUUCGGAAAAUCAUUACAACCAUGAUAUCAGCCCGCCAAAUAUAUCUUGGCAACUGGGUGACAGACUUGAUACAAUACAUCCUCGAUCAUGACGCUAGCCGAACAGUUUUAAUCAUUUGUUCGACUCGGGAUGCUUUUCUCAAGCAAUUACUUGCAAUCACACGCGCCCAUUCAAGCGACACUGCGGAGAGUCAUCCAAUCCUGACAAAAACUAUUGGACUACUGUCAGAUUCAAACAGGAUCAAGGUAGUCUACUGCCCGACAUUAGAGAAUCUUCGAGCUUAUCUCUCUGUGCUACCUUUAUCUGGCGACCUCAUGCAAGGACCUAUCACUGAAGAACAAAAGACACGGAAGCCUUUAAUGGCCAUUCUUGACCUAGUAGCUUUGCAUAUGCAAACUUCGGAGUUCUCUGCUCAGGGAUUAUCUAGGACUUUUGCCAACGCCGUUGAGGCUGCCUCAAGGGAGGGAAUGAAUCUUGUGCUUUGCGAAUGUCAAGAUGCUGCAAACCAUAAUAACAAUGAACGCGGCGAGAUGUUGUGGUACACUAAUGUCCCAUUGCUUAACAGUUCAGUGCGAAGAGGGGAACGUGCUUGGCUUGGACGCAGUGUGCCUGUGAACAGAGUCGCCCAACGAUGGUUCGAAUUGAAUGAAUCAGACCACCCUGCCCCAGAUACCAUGCAUAUAUGAAAGAUAGUAGCAUCAGUGAGGUCAAGAAAUGGAUCAAAAUAGCGUUAUGGAAUUAUGUUCUAUCGUUCUUCCAG